UGUCUUCGCGUUUAGUUCGAAAAGCAAUUGGAAAGUUGUCGCCAUGAAAUACCUGUGCGGCAUUGUGCUCUUUGUCGCCCUUUUGGCCCUCAGUAUAAGGCCAUCAGAGGAGGCCUGUGGAUACGAGGCAUGUCCCAAAACCAAGUCGAACAUGAUCAACAUUCACAUGGUUCCCCACUCCCACGACGACGUCGGUUGGCUGAAGACCGUCGACCAGUAUUUCUAUGGCCACAAGAGCAACAUCCAGCACGCCGGAGUCCAGUACAUCAUCGAUACUGUGGUCUCUGAACUCAUCAAGGAUCCCUCCCGUCGCUUCAUCCAGGUGGAGACUUCCUUCUUCGCCAAGUGGUGGGCUGAGCAGUCGGAGACUGUGAAGCAGGUUGUCAAGAAACUGGUGAACGAGGGUCGCCUCGAGUUCACCGGUGGUGCCUGGAGCAUGAACGAUGAGGCUGCCGUCAACUACCAGAGUGUAAUUGAUCAGUUCACCCUGGGCUUGAAGUUCUUGGACGACACCUUUGGCUCCUGCGCCCGCCCCCGCAUCGGCUGGCAGAUCGACCCCUUCGGUCAUUCCCGUGAGCAGGCCUCGAUCUUCGCUCAGAUGGGAUAUGACGGAGAGUUCUUCGCCCGCAUGGAUCACCGCGACAAGAACAACCGCAUCGACAACUUGGGCAUGGAGAUGAUCUGGGAUGCCAGUGACUCGCUGAGCAACGAUGAGAUCUUUACUGGCUUGCUGUACCGUCACUACUCGGCUCCCCCCGGCUACUGCUUCGAUGUCCACUGCGGAGACGAUCCGAUCAUCGAUACCAAGAGCUACGACAACAAUGUCAAGUCCCGCGUGGACGAUUUCCUCAGCUACGUCACGGAGGUGGCCAAGCACUACCGAUCCAACCAUAUCAUGAUUCCCAUGGGUGACGAUUUCCAGUACGAAGACGCUCAGGUUAAUUUCAAGAACAUGGACAAGCUGAUCAAGUACGUCAACGAGCGUCAAGCCGAGGGUUCCACCUUCAACCUGUUCUACUCCACCCCCGCCUGCUACCUGAACUCUGUGCACGAGGGUCUCCAGACCUGGCCCAACAAGACCGAAGACUUCUUCCCCUACGGCAGUGACGACAACAGCUACUGGACUGGCUACUUCACUUCUCGCCCCACCCAGAAGCGUUUCGAGCGCGAUGGCAACCAUAUCCUGCAGGUGGCCAAGCAACUCAGUGUCUUCGCCGAGCUCACUAGCAAGCAGCAGAAGGACGAUCUGGAGUACCUCCGAGAGAUCAUGGGUGUGAUGCAGCACCACGAUGCCAUCACCGGAACCGAGAAGCAGGCUGUGUCCAAUGACUAUGAUCGCCUCUUGUACGACGGCAUUCUGGGCGGCACCAACACUGCCCGCGAUGCCCUCCGUAAACUGACCAAUCUUCCAGACGGAGAAUUUGAGAGCUGCCUUCAGGGGAACAUCAGCGAAUGCGCCUUCACCAAGGACGGAGCCGACAAUGUGGUUGUGACCCUAUACAACCCAUUGGCCCACACUUCCACGCAGUAUGUGCGGGUGCCUGUGAAGGACGAGAAAUACGAAGUGACCGAUGAGAAGGGCCGCGUGGUGCCCUCCGAAGUGGUCCCGGUCUUCUGGCAGAUUCUGGCUCUGGAGUUCCGCAACAACGACACUCAGCAUGAGUUGGUCUUUAAGGCUUCCGUCAACAAGAUCGCCAGCUAUUACAUCAAGAAGGUCGAUAGUGGUGAGAGCAUGACAGUCGCUCAGCCCACUCAUACCAAGAAGUCUGCCAAGGUCGAACAAUCGGCCGCCGAGGUUCCCAAGCGUUUCAAGAAGGUUCAUUCUUUGAAGAACGCUACCGAAACCUUUGACGACGAGGGAGAGACUGUGGUGCAGACCUCGCAAAUAAAACUGGUUAUUGACAACAAGACAGGUCUCCUGAAGACCGUCGAAAUGAACGGAAUCUCCGAGAACAUCGACCAGAGUUACGGUGUCUACAGGACUUAUGACUCUGGCGCAUAUGUCUUCCGCCAGUACCACCAGGCCGACUUCAUUGUCCAGGAUGAGGGUGUAGAGUUCUCUGUUUACGAUGGAACUUUGGUCAAGGAAAUCUACCAGACCUUUAGCGAGUACGUUUGCCAGACUAUCCGCAUCUACGAGGGCGACAACAAGGUGGAGUUCGAGUGGCAGGUUGGCCCCAUCGAAAGGGAGGAGGAGUUCGGCAGGGAAGUUGUCAUCAUCUUCAACAGCACUGUCGCCUCCAAUGGCGUGUCGUACACCGACUCCAACGGCCGUGAGAUGAUCAAGCGAGUCAAGGAUCAGCGCGAGGACUUCACCCCCGGUCUCGAUAGGCAGCCGACGGCCGCCAACUACUAUCCCAUUACUUCCCGCAUGGCCAUACAGGACAGCAACAAGCGCAUCGCCCUGCUGAACGAUCGCGCCCAGGGAGGAGCCAGCAUGCAGGAUGGCCAGAUGGAGCUGAUGUUGCACCGUCGCCUUGUCCGCGAUGAUGGCUACGGAGUGGGUGAGGCCCUGAACGAGGAGAAGUACGGCCAGCCUAUGAUUGCCCGUGGCAAGGUCUACCUGAUCCUCAGCCCCGCCGAUGAGUCCACGGCCAGCGAACGUUAUGCCGAGAAGGAGAUCCAUCUGCCCUUCUGGAAGUUCUUCAGCAAGAACUCCGGAAGCACCAACUCGGUGCCCAAGGCGGUGCCCAGCUUCGAUGACUUCCCCCAGUCGGUGCAUCUGCUCACCCUGGAGCCCUUCAAUGAUGACGAGGUCCUGCUGCGUGUGGAGAACUUCCUGGAUCACACUGAAGGCAAGGUGGUUAGCUUCAACAUCCGCCCGAUCUUCGACUACUUAAACGGACAGGAGAUCCGCGAAACCACUCUGGACGGCAACCUGCCCCUGAGCGACAUGAAGCGCUUCAAGUUCCUCCAUGACAACGGUGGCCGCAGGCCUGACGCCGUCGAGUACUACACCGCCGCCCACAAGCCCCUGGCCGCUGAGAAGUCACAGGAAGCCUCCGAGUUCAGCGUCACCCUGCACCCAAUGCAGAUCCGCACCUUCAUCAUCAAGACGGAGUAAAACAAAAUUCUCACCGAGAAAUUCAGUAUUUAAAGCAAUGUAAAAUAUUUAAAUGAA